AUGGAAUCUUCAUCAUGCAGAUUUAGAAAGACUUGCAGAUUUAAAGCAUGUAGACCGGUUAGCAUCUUCAUCCUGGAUAUAAGAAAACUUGUGUAUGCUCGAAUGGAAUCUGGAAGUGGAAAUGGUGAUAGCGAAGUCCAAAGAAAAUGUUUGAGCUUCUCAAUCAGUUGGAUGGAUUUGAAGCAUCAAAUAAGAUCAAGGUUUUGAUGCUACUAACCGUAUUGAUAUAGGCCCUUCUUAGGCCUGGAAGAAUUGAUAGAAAGAUUGAAUUCCCAAAUCCAAAUGAAGAUUUCAAGUACAAUAGUCGAUACUUAAUCUGUGAUUAGAUAUCCCUAACCAGUUUGUAAGAUUCCAAAUAUACCGGGCAGGGGAGCUUUACAAACAUAAACCAUGGCUUUUAAGGGCUUUACAUCUUAUAGUUGGUGGAAGGUUUUGAUGGGGAGGCUUUUGGAAGGUAUUUAAUGAAUAAUUUAAUUUUGAGUUCAUUUGUUUUUAUAUAGUUUUGGGGGAAGAAAGAAUAUACAGAUGUCGAGCUUGAUAGGGUGUGUGAAAAAUAGGAUACUUAUGUCAUAAACUUAACUUACAAGUGAUAUGUAUUUGACAGUUACUUUUUGAUGAAUUUGGAACUAUAGCUUGUAUAAUUUAGACA